UGAAGAAUUCGCCAUUUUGUUUGUUUGCAAAAAUUGAAAGUUGAAGGAAUUGCUGUAUUUUCAUAUUAAUAGAUAUUGGAGGUUAGACUCACAUUUCCGUGUUCAAACAUUAUAUAUUUAUGAACAUUUAAAUCCAACUGUAAACCGAAGAAGCGAUGGGGUAAGGCUGUAAACUCUGUUUGAAAUUUGCACCUCUCUUCGUCGCCAGGGAAGCUUUUCGAGCAACCACGUUCACAUUUUGCUCAAAUUUCUGCGGAGAAAAUGACUCGAAUAUGGACAAUUAACAGAACAUAGCAUUUGUAUUAUGAGUGGAAGAUAUACAAGACAGCCUGUACCAUUAGAAGUGCGGGGUAUAUCUCGAGAGGGGACAGAGAACCACCCCCUUCCAGAAAAGCCAGAUGACUAUGAUGAUGAUGAAGAUAACUUACCUCAACAUUUCCUCUCAUGUAUACAAGAGGCCAUCACUACUAACAGCAAUGGGAGUCAAUUGGACAGUGAGGAUGGGGAAACUAUCACUGAAACACAGAGCUGGCUUGGCUUGUCCAAUGACUGGACAGGCGGCAAUGUAACUGAGCGGAGCAGCACAUAUUCAUCUUAUUCGUUUGGAGAAGAUGAGUUUGACAAGAAGGCCUCCCAGACAGUGCGCCAUCUAUUCCAAAAUAUUGAUGCCAAUCUGUUCGAAGGGAAGCAGGGUCCAAAACAUCUUGCCUCAGAAUGCCAAGACUGGGUCAACAGGUUUACACAUUUAAGGUUGCUCGGUCAAAAUGUUGCUCCUCCGAAAGAGGAAGGUUAUGAGGUGAUACCUAAUGGUGACACACCAGUGAUGUCAGGCUCCUCUGGUAGCAUGCUGAUGGAUGUCACUGAACAUGAUAUGUCAGCAGUAUCCCAUGAUCCUUCUAGUUUGCGUCUGAUGGGUCACCAGGUGAGUGCCAAACGGGUGCCAAGCACAGCUAGAGAAGGUGACUUUCCUCACUUAGAGGAAGAAAUCUUUGAGGAAGAAGGGAUCUACGAGGACAUUAUGGCAGUUGAUUACUCGGAAGACAGAUCUGAUAAAAAAGCCAAAUCACAUAGGCAGAAAAGUCAUGCAUACCCUCCUAUCACACCGAAUGCUUGUGUGAAGGACAAUGUUAUGUGUGAAGCAAUAGACUAUACAUGGGAAGAAUUAAUAGGAUGGAUGAGAAAUUUGUUGAAAGUUUACGGCUCAAUUUUAGUGCAAGAUCCAGAAAGGCAUGUCAUAGAUGGGGGUAUUCCAGACUCACUUGUUCAUGAUUUAAUAGGACAGAUUUCUGACAUGCGAUUAGAUCACAUACCUCCUCACAGAGACUCUUCCUAUAUCAGGUCACCAGAUGAUAAGCUUCAACGUAUCCAAACUGCCAACUCUACUGUCAAGGAACACAGUGGACUGACAGGAGGCUUAGAUAGCAUACUCACUGUGUCUACAAAGCACCUACAAACAAGGGGGCCUGAUAGUGACCCCAAUGAUCUCUUCCCCGUCACAAGGCCAGUCUCAAGCUUUGCACGAUCACGUCCUUUUAGUGUAAAAAUGUCUGAUCCCAAUAUGAGGACCCCUUCUGCAACAUACAGAAAGACCCCUUAUAGAGGUGGACGAUUAGCACCACUUGAUAGAGCAAAAACACAAACUCCAAAUAUUGUAAUUAAUGGGACACCGUGUAACCAAGAGGAGGAACGCAACCAGCCUUCUAUUUUAGUCACUCGUCUCGGCACUGCCACAGACCGUCUUCAUUCCCCGCCAAAUUAUCGCCAAUUACCCCCUAUACCAUUAGACAGUGAGGUAUCCAAUCUUUCCAACACUGUGCCAAUGGCAGCUACUAAAAGUGCAAAAAGGACAACUUUCUCAGGCAGUCGUGCGAGUAGUGCUGUUCAUGACAAAGAUUCUAGAUCUAUAUAUAAAGAACGGGAAAAAGCAAUAGGUGCGCAGGAAAUAGCAAGACCUAGCACAACACAUACUUUCAGGAGUGACAAACUGGACUCACCAUUUGGAAUAAGCCGGCGUUCCUCCACUCCACUUGGGUUUAGUGCACGAGGAGGUCUAGCAGGAGGGUCAUUUAGUCCAAGUUAUAACCUCAGCAGUAAACAUCUAGGAAUCACUGGAAGUUCUAUUGGGGUGACCCAUCCAGGGGAGGAGGGUGAAGAAGAGGCACACUAUCAGCCAGAUCAUUUCUUACAGAAUCAAUGGGGAAAACACCAUUUUUAGCUGCAUGCUAGCAUGGACCCCCUACUCACUCAUCUCCAGGAAAUAAUCCCUACAAGAGGCGACAGCACACAUACUUUCAAGUGAAGUGAUAGGGUCUGAACUACUUUCUAUGCUCAGGGAUACAAUUACCAUGUCAGAUGGUGCAACUAUGGAGACUACCAAUAGCAGGAACUAUAGUCUGAAGAUAUAUGUGAAUGCAUCACCAGUCAGUGUGUCAUUAGGAUUUAAUACCUCCUGUUCAAACCU